AUGCCCCCACAUCCGGAUGCCGCUCCGAGUCCAGCUCCGAAUCAGCCCCCGAAAACAACUCCGAACACCUCAGCAUCGCGCCAGAAACUUGCAAGGAGAGCCUGCGACUCAUGCAAGAUCCGAAAGAUUCGAUGUUCAGAGACACCCCCCUGCACGGGGUGUGCAGCCUCGGGGAUAGAGUGUACCUUUAACCGCCUACAAGCUACUCGCGGUCCUCGAGGGCUUCGAGCAAAGACCCUUGACAAGAUUGAGCGGAGACGUCGAGGCAAAGUUGAUGUUAAGUGUGCAGAUCGCAGUGGGGAGAAUGGGGACAGAGAACAACAAACUGAUGAGAUAACCUGCGUGGUUGACGUGCUUGACGUUUACGCUGAACGACUGUUCCCUAUCUGGCCUAUCUGCGAUGCUGCUGACCUGCGCAACAAGAUAAAGGAGAACCCUAGCAGAGAUGAUUCAGCAAGAUUACUGGCAAAUGCAGUAGCCUUGGCCACCAUUGCCCAGCUGAGACUGGAAACUGCAUGGCAGCCCAGCGUGGACAAGGUAGAAACCAGUGGGCUGAAUCAGACACUCGAUCUCCUUGACAGCCUUCGCAUCUCAUUCUUCUUACACAUAUACCACGAGAACGCUUCACCUGGAGGUACCAAGUCGCUUGUUUAUCUUCGCGAGGCCAUCACGCAGGCUCAAAUCCUCCGACUUGAUCGCGAGUCGACAUAUGCCUCGCUCUCUGAGGCAGAUCAACAUGUCUCGCGACGAGUUCUCUGGCUACUCUUUGUUACAGAAAGAGGCGUCGCGCUCCUUCACAAACUACCCAUUGUGUUGAGGCCCAACAUCCUGUUCCCAUGGUUUGGCGGAGCCGACGACCAGGCAGAGGUCCUGCCCGCCUUUCUAAAGCUGGUCCAUCUAUUCUGGGUAUUCGAUCAAUCCGGAAUCUUUGAGAUUCUACGAAAUGCAGACACAGACUCGGACAUUCCCAACAUGGCAUCCGUGGCUCAGAGCUGUCUGGAGCUCCUCCAGCAGAAGCUUCUCGACUCAGUCGACAACGACGAUUGGGGCCCUGUCAAUCAAGUUCAGCGCGCGGACAUGUUUGUCACCCGACAGUGGAUGCGUGCUGUUCUCUGGAGGGCGUCUUUGCGCUUUGGGAUUGUCAUUCCGGGCAUGAAUCCGAUUGACAUUGCAAAGGACUUUUUGAGCCUGGUCUCUGAGCUUCCAAAGGCUGCACUUGAGUCUCACGGUCCAACUCUGGAGUUCAAGACGUUUGAGAUCGCUACGGCGCUUUUGGUCAAAGAUCUUGAAGGAAGCAUAGCACUUUUGGACAUUCCUCAUCUGUCGUCAACAUCCUUCACAAUGGCCUGGGCUGAACCUCGAAACACGGGCAUGAUCUACCGCCGUCUCGGCCGGUCUGGACUACAUGUUUCUGCCAUCAGUCUCGGCGGUUGGAUGACCUAUGGAGGUUAUGCUCAAGAUGAACAGGCUUUUGCUUGUAUGAAGAAAGCCUACGACCUGGGAGUCAACUUCUUCGAUACGGCCGAGAACUACACCGCUGGCGAGUCGGAGGUUGUCAUGGGCAAGGCUAUCAAGCAUUUUGGGUGGAAGAGAAGUGACCUGGUUAUCAGCACAAAGAUCAACUGGGGCGCCGUCAAUGGAGAGAUCCUGGUCAACAACCACGGUCUUUCGAGGAAGCACAUCAUCGAGGGCUUGGAGGCUUCACUCUCCCGUCUUCAACUAAAAUAUGUCGACAUUGUCUAUGCGCAUCGACCUGACAGAUUGACCCCCAUGGAAGAGACUGUGAGGGCCUUCAAUUUUGUAAUUGAUCAGGGCAUGGCUCUCUACUGGGGCACCUCUGAAUGGAGUCCCGAUGAGAUUGCAGAGGCUGUUGGCAUUGCCCGCGACCUGAGGAUGAUUGCCCCUAUCGUGGAACAGCCCCAGUACAACAUGCUCGUACGCGACAAGGUCGAAGGCCAGUUCCAGCGUUUGUAUGAGCGUGUCGGCCUCGGCCUCACCACCUUUAGCCCCAUCAAGAUGGGUCUCCUCUCGGGCAAGUACAACGACGUCGUCGACGGCCAACCGCCCAAGGACUCGCGAUUCGGAGCGAGCAAGGACGGGUUUGCCGACUUUAUGCGCGAUCGUAUGGGAAGCGACGACUGGAAGGAGGAGAUCGAAAAGGUCAAACAACUGAAGCCCAUUGCGGAUAAGUUGGGUGUCAGCCAGAGCCAGCUCGCCGUUGCGUGGUGUCUGAAGAACCCCAACGUGAGCAGCGUCAUCACGGGAGCGAGCCGACCGGAGCAGUUGGAGGAGAAUGUAGGAGCUCUCAAGAUCCUUGACAAGUUGACGCCUGAGAUUCUUGACGAGAUUGAUGCUGUAACCAAGAACAAGGUCACGCUUGAUCCUGCUAGGCAAAGCUAG